UCAAAAUUGUCGUUUCUUUCCCCAUUAUCAACAAUCCCGUAAAUGAAUGACAAGGCGGAACACAUAACUUGGGUGUAUUAUGUCAAUGCGUUGAAACGAUAGGAAUAAAUAGUUACAACCUGACAAUUGAUUUCAUGCCCAAGUUAUACAUUUCAACGCAAAGCCAUGCCUACAAAUUAUGGUGACAAACCUGGAGAUGGGAAGAAAGUUUUGAAAAAGAAGAGAAGCAAUGCAAAGGGAAAAUUUCAUCGAAUAUUGAAUCGGUUCAAUAAGAGUCAUCACAACAAUGAAUCGAAAGAAUCACUGGAACUAAUCAUCAAGGACCUUGAAGAUGCUUAUUCUGAGAUGGAAGGAGGUCAUGCAUCGUACUUGGAAGUUUUGGAUUCUGACGACGAAACAGAUAAGGAUAUUAUUGAGCACAGUAAUACAGACAUGGAUCAUCUUUACCAAGAACUUUGUGAAGGAAGGUCAAUGAUGGGCAAAGUGGUUGAAGCAGCAAAGGUCAAAGACAUUAAGGAAGUAAAGUGUACCAAGGAUAAUAUGAGAGUGAAAAAACUGGAUGCACCUGUUUUUAGUGGUUAUAUAUAAGAGAUUACCCAAGCUUCAAACAAGACUACAACCUUCUCAUGAAAGAUGACCCGUUUACACUUAAACAAUGUUUGACGGGAGAAGCACUUCUUACUGUCAAAGGUGUUGACAACGAUUUUACGGAAAUGAUGAAAAGGUUAGACAUUAAGUAUGGAAAGCCAGAGAAGCUUGCUGAUGCUGUACUUAGUGAAAUUAAAGGACUGAAACCAAUGUUUGAUGGUGAUUAUAUGAGCUUUAUAGCCACAGUUGAUGUUGUCGAGAGAUGUUGGCUCGAUCUUAAAAGAAUGAACAUGGAACUUGAAAUGAACACAGCUACGAUGAUCAGUCAAAUUGAGAGACUUUUACCUCCAUUGCAGAAGAGGGUAUGGGCUCUUCGUAAGCAAAAGUAUGGAUCACAUACAUUUCCGGAAUUACUAAAUUUUCUUUUAGAAGAAAUAAAUGCUAUGGAAUAUAUUCAUUCUGAUUUACGAGACAGUUCUGCUAGUCGAACAUUACUUAAAUCAAAGGUUCACAAUACAACAUUGGAGGAAGAUUCAGCCGUAGAAUCUCUCCAAGCACAAGUAAAGCAAAAUCAAGAAACAUUGAAGCAGGUAGUUGAUGGAUUGGCACAGGUAGCAGAGGUUAUGUCGCAUGGUAAUAGAUAUAAACAGAACGGUGAUGGAAUGAACUCGAAGAAUAAUGUGCCUAUGAGAAUAAACCGUAGAAAUUGUUGGUAUAAUGAGACUGAUAAUCAUGAUAUUGGCAAAUGUACAGCAAUUAGUAGAUUGGAUGGUCAGACUUAAAUAGAUUUGAUUCGCAAACAAGGAGGAUGUUUUAGUUGUCUCAAGAUUGGUCACUUAUCAAGAUACUGUUCAAAAAGGAAACCGUGUGAUGUCCUGGAUGAAAAUCAACAAAUGUGUGGGAGGAUGCACCAUCAAGCUUUACAUGGAAUUCAAGUCAAUGGAUCAACGUUUCACAAUUGUAUCAGUAUUGUUAAUGGAGAUAAAGGUAGAGAAGACGUUUUGCUCAUGAUAAGCAAGGUUCCGAGCAAUGGAAACUAUUUGACAGCACUAUGGGAUCCGGGAGCUAACAUCUCACUUAUAACACAUGAUUCUGCUAGGAGACUGAACCUCAAGGGAAGAGAUGUAACAUUGUCCGUGACAAAGGUCGGUAACACUGCUGACUAUAUCCAAAGUAAAGAAUAUAUAGUUCCACUAACUGAUUUAAAUGGACAGGAAUGGAAAAUAAGGACGUAUGGAAUGGAUCAAAUUACGGCAGACGUGACUAGGGUGGAUAUCCGUGGCAUUGCUAAGCUAUUCAAAAGCGUGACGGAAAAGGAUGUGAUUCGACCUGAGGGAAAAGUCGACAUAUUGAUAGGCAGUGAUUGCUGUGUUCUUUUACCAACAAAGGCAGAACAAGUAGGAAAUCUUCAACUGAUGAAAAACCAAUUUGGUUACUGUUUGAGUGGUAGUCACACGCUUCUUAAAGUUGGUACCGUGUCUCAUCAUUUUGUACGUAUUCAUCAUUCAUAUGGACAACAAUACGACACUGGUAGCAUUCAUAUUGCAAAUUUUAAUGGACUGAAGAAAAAUCUGGAUAACUUUUUCAACAUUGAAAGCUUAGGAACUCAAUGCAACCCGAAAUGUGGAAACUGUAAGUGUGGUAAAUGUCCGAUCGGAAAUGGUAAUUAUACUAUAGCAGAAGAACGAGAACUGAACAUGAUAAGAAAGGGAAUUCAUUAUGACAAAGAUGAAAAACGUUGGACUGUAACUUAUCCAUGGAUAAGAGAAUCGGCAGAAUCGCUUAACAACAUAGGAGCAGCCAAUCAUCGUCUUGAAUCAAGAGAGAAACGCUUACAACGCACCGGGACAAUCUAUGCAAAUGCAUACAAUGAUCAAAUCAGAGAUAUGGUUAAUAGGAACGUUACUAGAAAACUUUCAGAUUACGAGGUCAGGAAUUAUGAAGGACCAAUUCAUUAUCUAUCGCAUCAUGAGGUUCUAAAACCCGACUCUAAGUCAACCCCAAUCAGGAUUGUGUUCAAUUCCUCUUCAACAUACAUGGGACAUGUGAUAAAUGAUUAUUGGGCAAAGGGUCCGAAUGUAUUGAAUGACAUGUUAGUGGUGCUACUGAGAUUUCGACAAAAUAGAAUUGGAAUUGCAGGAGACAUUUCAAAGAUGUAUAAUGCAAUCAAACUUUCAGUGUCUGAUCAACAUACGCAUCGGUGUCUAUGGAGAGAUCUCGAUGCAAGCAGAAAACCGGAUCAUUAUGUGUUAAAGACGGUCACUUUUGGGGAAAGACCUAGUGGCACUAUUGCAACAGUUGCAUUAGGAAUGACUGCGGAAAUGAGUAAAGAUAUUUACCCAGAGGCAGCCGAAAUGAUUCUAAGAAACAGUUAUGUUGAUGAUAUCAUUAACUCUGUCGACAAUAAUGAUCAGGCAAGAAAGGUAAUGGAAGACACUGAAAAAUUACUGGCAAAGGGUGGAUUUACAAUUAAACAUUGGAUUGUUACAGGGAAGCAGUCCGACCAAUGGAACGGAUUACAUAUUUCAAAUGAACCAAAGGAAAAGAUUCUAGGAAUGAUUUGGCAACCGAGAGAUGACAUGUUUACAUUUCAAGCAAAGAUAAAUUUUUCAAGUAAAUGUCGAGGAAUACACAUUGAUAAAGAUUUGCAACAAACUCAAAUAGAUGACAUACUGUUGAUACUCACGAGAAGAAUGGUUCUUAGUCAAGUUGCGAGCAUUUAUGAUCCCUUAGGGUUAGCUUCUCUGUUUGUUUAAACCGCAAAACUACUUUUGAGAUCAUUUUGCAAGACAGAUGGAGGGAAUGGUGGAUGGGAUGAACCAAUAGCAGAUACAAUGAGACAAAAGUGGAUUGAGUUCUUCAAGGGAGUCUUUUAACUAGAGUCGAUUCAGUUUCCUAGAUGUAUUAAGCCAGAGGCUGCAUACAAGAACCCCGUAUUAGUAGUAUUUUCAGAUGGAAGCAGUGUAGCAUAUGGAGCUUGUGCAUACAUAAGAUGGCAAAUAGGUCCCGAGACAUAUGAAGCGAAUCUGAUUAUAGCAAAAAACAGGACAGCACCAACAAAACAAUUGUCGAUUCCGAGGUUGGAAUUAUGUGGAUGCAGUAAUUGCAUCAAGAAUCAGAGAAAAAAUAGUGAAGGAGAUGGACUUUAACUUUAUUCGAAUAAUUCACGUGGUAGAUUCAACAAUAGUCAGAGCUCAGAUACAAAGAGAAAGUUAUGGCUUCGGAACAUUUGUGGCAACUAGAAUAGCCGAGAUUCAAAGUAAGACAGAACCUUCUGAUUGGUGGUGGGUACAAGGGGAACAGAAUCCUGCUGAUUUGACCACGAGAGCAACAGAUCCAACCGCAUUGGUAAUGGAAUCAGUUUGGCAAAGGGGUCCAGAUUUUUUACGGUUACCCAUUGAACAAUGGUCGAUCAGGCAAGAUUAUUCAGAAACAAGUCAAUUGCCGGAUGCAGUUGGAAUCACGAUGUCAUUUGAACAUGAAGAAAAGAGUAGAGACAUUGUACCCGAUUUAAGUGACAUUGAUCUGAAUCGAUUUUCGAAUGUAAGCAAGAUGUUGCGCGUGACAAGUAUAAUUCUGGAUAUAGCUAAAAAUAGAUCAUUCAAAGGUGCAGCGAACCGAAUUUCAGCAGGAAAUAUACAAAUAGCGGAAAUGAUAUGGAUAAAACAUAUUCAGAAGAGUCUACCGAAGGAUUCAUUAGUGAGAUUUCGAAGGUUAGGUGUACAAACAAACUCAGAUGGCAUACUAACAGUUGGACAAAGAAUGCAAGAAUGGAUGAAACGCACUUGGAAUCAGACUGAAUUUAUUCCCUUGCCAAAUUCGCAUCCGUUUAUCAAGUUGAUUGUUGCUUCCUUUCAUUCGGAGGAUCAUUCAGGGGUGGAUACAACGUUGGCCAAAUUAAGGAGCAGAUAUUGGAUUCCUGGGGUACGUCGGUUUAUUAAGCUCGUAAAGAAACGAUGCAUAAUUUGUAGAAAGCGAGAGAAAAAGAUUAUAGGACAGCAGAUGGGUAUGUUACCGAUAGAGAGACUACAACCUGCACCAGCAUUUUAUUAUUGUGCUGUUGAUAUUUUGUUUGGACCAUUUAUGAUUCGAGAUACUGUGAAGAAACGAACACAUGGUAAAGCAUAUGGUGUCCUUUUUAACUGCUCAAACUCUAACUGAUUCAAACAUUGUCCGUGGACGAUGGAAAAUGCCACAGGUCGUCGAGGCGAAUGCCGGAAGAGAUGGGUUUGUGAGAGAUGUGAUUCUCAGAUAUAAAAAUGUCAGUCAAGGAGUCUCAUACAAUGGAUGCGAGGAUCAAACCAUACGCCGUUCCGUGCACAGGCUUGUUGUAAUAUUACCAGUUGAGUAACAGUUACAGGAUUGACUAUUUGCCGGGGGAAUGUAUCGCUUGAACGAUAUUUAUCUUGUUUUAGUAGAAUUUAAUUUAGCAUAUUCCAAUAUCAAAACUGUCGUUUCUUUCCCCAUUAUCAACAAUCCCGUAAAUGAAUGACAAGGCGGAACACAUAACUUGGGUGUAUUAUGUCAAUGCGUUGACGAUACAAACGACAGCGUGCAGGGUCUAGUCCUGAGACACCUCAUUAGAAAUGCCAAGGAGAAUAUACAUUUACCAGUGAAGACGAAUCAGAAAAAGACAAUGAUCCAUCUGUUAAUAACAUUAAUAUAAAUAACCAUAAUAAUGAUACAUGUCUAAAGAUUAAAGAUAAUAAUGUUUUAAAUAUUAUAGGUCUAAAUUGUUGUGGUAUUAAGAAGAGAUUGAACUAUGAAGAAUUUGAAAAACUAAUAAGAAAAAUGACAUAAUUUGUUAAGUAGAAACCAAAACUGAUGAUAUUGACACAAUUAAGUUAACAGGAUAUGAAUUUCGUAUGAAAAAUAGAAAAGCUAUAGCUAAAACUCGAUCAGGGGGUAUCAUUCUUGGCUGCAAAAAAGAAACAGCAAGUAAAAUAAAACCAUUAUCUACACCUUGUAAUUACGUGCUUUGGUUUAAAGUCUCAUCUGGCCUUUUAAAUUUAGAUCAAGAUAUUGUUAUAGGUAUAUUAUAUAUACCCCCUGAAUAUACUGCUUUUUCUUCACAUGAUGCAUUUAGUCAACUUGAGGACGAGUAUACAAAUUUUUCACAAAAUUACAAAUUCGUAGCCUUAAUUGGAGACUUUAACGGACGGACGGCCAACGACGAUGAUUUUUUCAUUUUAAAAGAAAUGCAUGGAAACAAUGCGGCGAAUUCUGUAAAAAACGAUGUUUUAACGCUCGACUUAUUGAAUAUACCACGAAAAAGAAAUAGUUUAGAUCUUAUAAGAAAAAGGUACGGAAACAAAAUUUUAGACUUUGCAAAGGAAAUAACUUAUUUAUUGUAAAUGGCAGAAUAGGUGAAGACAGAAUGACAGGAAAGUUAACAUGUAAAAAUGCUAGCAUUGUAGAUUAUUGUAUAAGUUCUACAAGUUUAUUGAAAUAUUUUAGAAAUUUCUCUGUACUUGAUUUUUGUCAAUUUUAUUCAGAUGUUCAUUGUGCACUAGCAAUUUCAUUGUCGGGGUUAUCCCUGAAAAAUGUAGAGGAAACUGUGGAGAAUCGUAAUCGUCAAAUAUUUUCUAAAAAAAAUAAGAAAUGGGAUAAUGAAAAAUGUCAUGAAUUUAAAGAUCAGGGGCGGUGUUCUCGAAAGUAUCCUAAGAUUCGUCCUAAGACACAUCUUAGACCAGUUUUUAGAAGGACUUAGGAUCAACUUAGGACACUCUUAAGUUGUGUCUCGAAGCUCUCUCAGACGAAUCUUAUGUUAGGACGUCAUAAACAUAUCCUAAGUCGAAACUUUAAAUCGAUAGAGAUAUUUUUUGAUAAAACAUUUAUUAAUGACGAAAUUAUUCAAUAAGAUUGUUUACGAAUUUUAUAAUAACAUGUACAGAAUUAAAUGCAUAAUUGUCAAUGUAAUUAUAUAAAAAAAAGAUUGUUAUUUAAACUGGAAAACAAUUUGUUUUGAAAUAAGAAUUAAAUUUGUAGUGUAAUCGUAUCGUGAAACACGAAGUUCAAAGUUUAAAAUCGUGCACAAUUUCUUUAUAUACGAGUUAAUAACCAAUGAUGCGUUUCAUUUCAUGUUCAUUUUCACGUACAAUAAUGAGCAAAAAGCGAAAUUCAAACUUUAUUACACUAGGAUGAAGAUAGGAUGCUCUUAAGACACCUCAUUUGGGUGUCCUAAAGUUAGGACGAAAAAUGAGAUAUAUCACAAGUUAAGAGAGCUUCGAGAACACGACUUAGGACAAAGACUUGUCAUAAGAUAGACUUAGGACACGUCCUUAUCCUAAGAUAGCUUCGAGAACACCACCCCAGAUUGAACAAGACAAAGUUGACGAAUUAAAGAUACUAUUAGACGAAGUUGAAAGUGGACACCUAGAUUUUAGUAAAAAGUACUCGUCAGUUGAUAAAACAAAAAUUAAUACCUUACUUGACCAUUUAUGUUCAAUAUUCUGUAAAUCUGCGAAAUCCACAUUUGGAACAUGUAAAUUUUCGAAUUCUAAGAAAAAAGGUACAAAGAAACUUGGAAAAUUGAAAAAAGAAUGGUUUAAUGACGAUUGUCACUUUGAGAGACAAAAUCAAGUUCAGAAAACGUAAAAGGAAAUUCAAAACAUAUAGGACAGAUCAAAAUCUUCAAGAUUUGAAACAAGCCGAAAAAAGAUAUAAAAAAGUUAUGGAUCAAGCUAUUCUUGAUCACAAAAGAAAGUUGUCAAAGAAAAAAAAAAAAUUAAAAUCAAAUAAUUCACAAGAAUUCUUGAAACUAUUAAAAAAUGGGAAGAACCGGGAGCAACCGACAUUCCCAUGGAAAAACUUUUUGAUUUUUUAAAAUAUUUAAACGAGGAACCAAAUGACAAGCAAGACUUUAACAUACCAUACAUUGACCCUUACGAUAUUAAUCGUCUGAACGAAAGUAUAAAUAGAAACAUUUCAAAAGACUAGAUUAAAAAAUGUAUCAAAAAAUUAAAAAACAAUAAGUCCCCUGGAGAAGAUUUGAUUGUAAAUGAAUAUAUUAAGUCAACAGAAACUAUAUUUUUAGAUAUUUACGAACAACUAUUUAAUAUCAUUUUUGUAACAGGUGUUGUCCCAGAUGGUUGGAAAUAUUAAACCGUUUUUCAAAAACAGAGGUGACAAAAUGGACCCAAAAAAUUAUAGACCAAUCACAAUUUUAAGCUGCCUCGGGAAACUCUUUACUGCAAUUUUGAGUGAGCGAUUAACUAAGUUCUCAGACGAAUUUCUUAUCUUGAACGAAAAUCAAUGUGGAUUUCGUAAGGGCUAUUCAACAACCGAUAAUUUGUUUAUAAUUUUUAACUUUUUUGAAAUUCUAAAAACACAAAAGGAAAAAAAUGUUUUGCGCUUUUAUUGAUUUUGAAAAAGCCUUUGAUAAAGUUUGGCGGGAUGGACUAUGGUACAAGUUGCUAGUGAAUAAUAUGAACGGUAACAUGUAUAAUAUAAUUGUAAAUAUGUAUAACGGUACAAAGUCUUGUAUUUCUUAUAAUGAUUGUAAGUCAGAAUUUUUCCCGUGUAGUAACGGGGUACGCCAAGGGGAAAACUAAUCUCCAUUUCUUUUCGCUCUAUGUAUGAACGACCUCGAGUCAUAUUUAUCAAACUGUAACCUAGAUGGUCUUCAAACGAUUACUAACGAAAUUGAAAUCAAACUUAAUACAUAUUUGAAAUUAUUUGUAAUUUUGUAUGCUGAUGAUACUGUGCUAAUGGCAGAAUCAGCUGCCGAUCUUCAAAAGCAACUUGACUCAUUUCAAGAUUACUGUACUUUAUGGAAACUGAAAGUAAAUGCAGAUAAAAGUAAAAUCAUGAUUUCUUCUAAAGGAACACUUCCAAGAAACCUAAACUUCAAUUUGAACGGAACAGAAUUAGAAAUAGUGAAUAGUUUUAAUUAUCUAGGGAUGGACUUAGCUAGAAGUGGGAAUUUUAAGAAAGCGAAACAGUCCAUAGCUAAUAAAGCUACGAAGGCUUUCUACGAGGUUCUAAAAUUAGGCAGAAACCACGGACUUUCAAUCAAAACUCAACUAGAAUUAUUCGAUAAGAUGAUAAAGCCUAUUUUAUUAUAUGGGUGCGAAGUAUGGGGUUUUAGCAAUAAAGAAAUAAUCGAAAGAGUCCAUUUAAAAUUUUGCAAAUUGCUUUUACAUUUAAAAUCUUCUACACCACCGUAUAUGAUAUAUGGCGAACUUUGAAGAUAUCCUCUAGAAAUUGACAUAAAAAAUAGAAUGUUAUCAUUCUGGGGUAAAAUUCUUUCUGGAAAGGAGUCUAAAUUGUCAAAAGUUGUCUAUGACUUAUGUUUUCAAUUGUCAUGUGUAAAUGGAGAUAAAUUUUUAUGGUUAGAUAACAUAAAAAUAU